GAAACGGGUGGAUGGAUGCUUUAGUACACCAGGAACCUGAUGCACAGCAGUACUGUUAUCCAUCAACUAAUGGAUCCUGUUUUAAAGGCAAUCAACCCAUUGCAGCACAGGUCAUCUUGUAUAUUUUCUUUGUGACAGGAAUGAUUAUCACAAUUCUUGGAAACCUGGUUGUCAUCAUCUCCAUCGCACACUUUAAACAGCUUCAUACACCAACAAACAUACUGGUGAUGUCUUUGGCAGUGGUAGACCUGCUACUUGGAAUGCUUGUGAUGCCUUUCAGCAUGAUCAGAUCUGUUGACGGCUGCUGGUACUUUGGAGAUGCCUUCUGUUUACUUCACUCCAGUUAUGAUAUGUUCCUUGCAACCGCCUCCAUUUUUCAUCUGAUUUUCAUUGCCAUAGAUCGCCAUGAGGCAGUGUGCAAUCCACUGCAUUAUUCUACAAGGAUAACCAUCCCCAUUGCAUUCCUUAUGAGUGCUCUGAGCUGGAUCAUCGCAGCUGCAUACUCCUAUGGUCUUCUUUAUUCAAAAGCUGAUGUAAAGGGCCUGGAAGACUACAUUGCAUCUCUUCAUUGUUUGGGUCGUUGCGUUCAUUUUGUUCUUUCUUUGAAUGCUUUAUGGGGUGUGUUGGACACUUUGAUUGCAUUUUUUGUGCCUUGUUUUGUUAUGAUGGGUUUGUAUACAAAAAUAUUUUUGGUGGCCAGGGAGCAUGCAAGAAAGAUCGAAGGCAUGAAUCAUAAAAGACCAGUGAAUGAGGAAAAUAAGCACAAACUGUCUCAAGGUUCUGAGCAAAAAGCAGCAAAGACACUGGGGAUUGUUGUGAGUGCCUUCAUUAUUUGCUGGUUGCCCAACUUUGUAAAUUCAUUAAUUGAUCCCUACACAACAUUUUCCACCAAUUAUGUUGUGUCUGAUGCAUUUGUUUGGCUAGGUUACUUUAAUUCUACCUUAAAUCCUAUCAUCUAUGGAUUAUUUUAUCCUUGGUUCCAAAAAACACUAAAGCUCAUUAUUACUUUCAAAAUAUUCACUCCACAUUCCUCAAAUAUCAAUGUAUUUUCUGAAAGGUGAUUGUCUGUAAGGUGGUCUU